GGGUGCCUGUAGCACGCAGAACACUCGCCACUGAGAAAAGGACUAUCCAACUCCAGGAUGCCAGAAUUGGAACCGCUGAAGUGAAUUUAUUUUUUAUUUUAAUUUUUUUGGCUCCAAGAAGGUUUGGGUCCAUCACUUUUGCCAUGGAGUUAAGCAGAAUACAUUCAAAUUUCCACAAAGUCCUCUUCAUCACUAUGAUGAUGUUCAAAUGGGGGACAUUCUGCACAGCCACAUCAGACAUGUGCACGUCCUCUCCUUGCCAAAAUGGAGGCACCUGUGUGGACACCAUGGACGACUACGUGUGCCUGUGCGACACGCAAGAGGAGGUGCGGUACAUGGGGAAGGACUGCGACGAGCUGUACGACGCCUGCCUAUACGCACCCUGCCCUGAAUGUGAGAGCACCCCUGGCACCGCGGACUACACCUGCAUCUGCCCCGACGGCUUCGCCGGAACCAACUGCACUGAGGACGUGGACGAGUGCGAGAGCAACCCCUGCGACAGCGUGCGGACGGAGUGCGUGGACGGGGUCAACGGCUACUCCUGCUACUGCCCGACGGGCUUCGGGGGCGAGGACUGCAGCUUACGCGUGGUGGACUGUACCGACGAGCCCUGUAAAAACAACGGGACUUGCUCGCGGCUGCCCGAUGGCUACGAGUGCCACUGCGCCACGGGGUUCGACGGGGACAACUGCGAGGAGGAUGUCGACGAGUGCCUCUCGCACCCGUGCCAGAACGGGGCCAUCUGUAUGGACGGCGUGGCGGAGUUUCACUGUUUCUGCGUGCCUGGUUUCCAGGGUUACAACUGCGAGAUUGACAUCAAUGAGUGCGCGUCGCAUCCCUGCGAGAACAAUGGCACUUGUGUCAACCUGAAGGAUCGCUACAUCUGCGAGUGUCUGCUGGGGUACACAGGGAUGAACUGUGAGGUGGAGAUUGAUGAGUGUGCCUCAAGCCCGUGUCACAAUGGAGCUACCUGUCACGACCUGAUUGGUCUGUACACCUGUGAGUGUGUGCCUGGCUUCGAAGGGCUGGACUGCGAGAUUGAUAUUGAUGAGUGUGAAAGUGACCCCUGCCUCAAUGGAGCUGCGUGCAUUGACAUGGUGAACAGUUAUGAGUGUGACUGCUCAGGCACUGGCUUCAUGGGAGACCACUGUGAGGAGGACAUCCCCGAGUGUGCUUCACUCCCAUGCCAGCAUGGGGGCACCUGUGAGGAGGGCACCAACGAGUACCACUGCACCUGCUGGGAAGGUUAUGAGGGAGACAACUGUGAGGUGGACAUUGACGAGUGUGCGGCUGGCCCCUGUCUGAAUGAUGGCGAAUGCUUCCAGAGGUCUGACCCUGCCAGCUGGGAGGAAGGCUGGGAGUUCAGCUACGCACAUGCAGCUGGAUAUGUCUGUCAGUGCCAGCCUGGCUUCACAGGAGAGAACUGCUCAGUCGACAUUGAUGAAUGUGAGUCUGAGCCGUGUCAAAAUGGAGGGACCUGUGAGGACCUAGUCAAUGCAUAUAUGUGUGUCUGCCCUGAUGGGUUUACAGGUGACUCCUGUGAGGUGAACAUUGAUGAGUGUGAGAGCCAGCCGUGUCAGAACGGAGGCUCGUGUGAAGACGGGGUGGCCUCCUACACCUGCCACUGCCCUGCGGCCGAGGCGGGCGAGCUGCCCUGGGGCAGCCACGACUGCGACGUCCAGCUCCUGGGCUGUGUAGAGCACGAGUGCCUGAACGCCGCCGCCUGCGUGCCGUGGCUGGAAGGGGACGAGCACCAGCACACGUGCCACUGCCAGCCCGGCUUCUACGACGAAGUCUGCUCCACCCCGACCACCUUCUCCUUCUCCGUGCCCGGCUUCGUCCUCGUGGAGGUGCUGCUCCCCGAGCGGGAGCGCAGGGACGUCGGCGGCGAUGGCGGAGGAGGAGGACCCAGCGUCCGCCUGCGCUUCCGCACCACUCUGCCCGACAUGACGCUCUUCUACCGGGGCGACGCCGAGAGCUACCUGUCCCUGGAGAUCGUGGACGGAGGGCUCAAAGCCAAGGCGGCGUCCGAGGAGAUCGCUCUGGAGGCGGCCUUCCCCGGACGCGUGUCCGACGGAGCGUGGAGGGACGCCAGCGUGGUCGUGGGCCGGGGGCUGGCCCUGGUGCUGAAGGGGCCUGGCUGCGACGAGGAUGGCUGCUCGACCACGGACGAUGGCGGCGGGUCACCCGACGGCCCGUUCUUCCACCACCCGGACUCCUUCACGCACGUCUACAUCGGCGGCGCGCCGGACGAGUACCACAAGCACCUGGAGAAGGGCGGAGCCUUCGUGGGAUGCAUGGAGGACCUGCUCAUCGACUCCAACCCCAUCCUGCCCCAGAGCCUGCCAGAGGACGCCAUGCAGGACAUGGAGCUCGGCUGCACCAAGACGGAGUGGUGUGAGGAGGACCCCUGCUCUCAGCGUGGGGCCUGUGUCGACCUGUGGACCAGCUACCACUGUGACUGCCAUCGACCUUUCUACGGCAACAGCUGCUUGGACGAGUUUCCUUCCUGGACGUUUAGUCACGAGGACACACUGAGCUACGUGUCGUACGACGUGACCGACAGCCAUGGCACGGACUUCAAGGUGUCCUUCUUCCUGCGCUCUCUGAAACAAGACGGACUGAUCCUUCAGCUCGCCCACCCGGACCAGGAGGAUCCCUACCUUAGCCUCUUCCUGAGGCUGGGUCGGGUGAUGGUCCUCUCCCAUCUGGACGCUUCGCCGCUAAUCGCUCCCGUGUUCCUGACGGACGGUGAGAAGCACCUGGUAGAGGUGGAUCUAAAAGACGGGAUGGUGUACUUUGAGUUCGGAGGCCUGCGCUACAGCUUGGGUGCGUUCCCUGGAGUGGAGGUGGAGGCUGGUGAUUUGGCUCAUGUUGGUGGACUACCUGAAGGGGAGUUGGAGGAGUGGGGGGGAUACUUCAAGGGUUGCCUUCAGGAUGUCCGUUUGGACGAUGUGCACCUGGAUCUGGACGCUUGGAACAGCUCAGUGUAUACCACUGUGUACUAUCCCAGUGACUCUGGAAACGUGGAGCGGGACUGUCUGAGUGAUGACACCUGCAAGGAGGAGCCAUGUCUAAAUGGAGGAGAGUGCACCAUCACCUGGAACGACUUUGUCUGCUCGUGUCCACUGAACUUCACCGGGAAACACUGUGAGACGCGUGUGUGGUGCAUGAGUGACCCAUGCGUCAAUGGGGGACACUGUGUGGACCUACCAGAUGGAUAUGAAUGCAUCUCUAAUGCGACCUUCGACAACAGUCCACUUCAGUACACUUCCCAGGGUUCGUUGACCGACCCGGUGACCAGCGUCACCAUGGAGGUCCGGACGCGAACGGAGAACGGGCUCCUCCUGCAUGCCUCCAACGGGGCCGAGCUCCUACUGGUGGGGCUUCUGGACGCAGCGCUGAAGGUGGAGAUCCACAGCGAGAACAGCGUGGAGGCGUUGGAGUUUGCCGGGCAGCGGAGGGUGUCGGACGGCCGCUGGCACAGGGUCCAGAUCUUCAUGACCGACCCCGAGCAGGACGCCUCGCCCUGGGAGAUCCUCGUGGACGGCAUCACGGACGGGAGCAGCGCCCCGCUACUGGCCGGCGGCCUCCACUUCCUCAACGAGGCGGGUAGGCUGGUGACCCUGGCGGAGAGUUUUAAAGGGUGUCUGGGAGCGGUGAGGGUCGGGGGGGUGUACCUGCCCUUCGUGGAUGACCUCCACCCGCCACAGGCCGGCCGCUUCCACCGGGUGGGAGACGAGGCCGUCCACGCUGGGUGCUCCAGCGCUCCCGUCUGCGACUCUGACCCCUGCCGGAACGGGGGCGCGUGCGAGGACCUGUUUGACCUGUUCGGCUGCGCGUGUGCGCCCGGCUGGGAGGGGCUACAGUGUGAGCUGGACACAGACGAGUGCGCCUCGGAGCCUUGUGUCCACGGCCACUGCACGGACUUCCAGGGCAGGUUUGAGUGCACGUGCCACGCGGGUUAUGCGGGCACCACCUGCGAACAGGACGUGGACGAGUGUGAGGAGGGCGGCUGUGAGAACGGAGGCACCUGUGUGGACGGAGUCAACCAGUACACCUGCACCUGCCCACCGGACUACAGUGGCCACCACUGCCAAUGGAACUACCCUCCUCUUCCAUGUGAGGAGUUGGAAUGUGCCAACGGUGGCACGUGCCAUGAUGAGGUUUGGGGGGGCACCUGCACUUGCACUGCAGCCUUCACAGGUUAUAGGUGUGAGACAGAGGUGGACGAGUGUGCCUCCAACCCCUGUCUGAAUGGAGGGUCCUGCGUUGACCGGCUCAACAGGUUCCAGUGCCUGUGUCCAGCAGGGUUCAGUGGCUCACACUGCGAGACCAGUAAGCAGCCCCAGCGCGAGCGCUUCCCUUGGCUGGUGUUGAUCAUCCCCCUAGUGUGCUUUUGUGUGCUGAUCCUGGUCAUCGGCUUGAUCUUCAUUCUGCUCACUGCCCGCCGCAAACGCCAGUCCGAGGGGGCCUACAACCCCAGCCAGCAGGAGGUGGCCGGUGCACGCCUGGAGAUGGACAGCAUGCUCAAACUACCCCCCGAGGAACGACUCAUAUGACCCCUCCUCUCCUUCCUUAUUCCCUAAAAACACUUCUGUCCCUGCUGAACUGGACAUGGACUAUGUUUUGAAAGGAGAGGAAACAGAUCGCACUAGAUCCCUAGAGGGAUGGUAGAUCCUAUGGAUUUGAGUUUCAGGACGCCCACUAUGGAACUUCCUCCGUGGAAAGUGGUGAUGAAGACCACUUGUUUGAGCAGAGUCCCGAGGCUUUGUCCCUGCACAGUUAGUUUGGGGAAGGGGGAGGACAGGAGAAAGGCCUGUAUGAAGUCAUGAUUAGAGAAAGUUCUGUUGGCACAUCUGCCCUUGAGCUUUUGGGUUGAAGGUCAGCUCUACUUCAUGACAACAGAGACAAAAAUGAGCUUUACCCAAAAACUACCCCAGAAUGCACUGCGGUGAGCACCCAUCCAUGUAGAACCCCCAAAGCUAACCACCUCAACUUGAUCCCUGGUACGCUGUCCAGAUCUAACGCUUGGAUCAUCUCGUCGGGGGGUUCUUACUUAUGGAUGUGGAUGUUGUAUAGUUUGUAUAUUUUGUGUAUAUUUUUAUCAGACUCUGGACGGAGAUGAUGGAGACUCACAGACACAAAAGGGAGAUUCUACUGGACAUUCUUAGACAAGGACGAGUUGCUUUCUUAUGUUUACACGCAGUGGAGAGAAAACCCUGUUUCUAAGCAACAAGUUUCUCCACACAAAACUAUGGCUUUAGUUGCUGAGCGACCCCCGAGGUAUUCAAAUGAGCCACUGAUCCGACAAUCAAUAAGAAGUUGUUCGACAAAGUAAAUUCCUACUGCAGAUUCAUCAAACAGUGAUAUUUGAGUGUGUUAGACUGCAUUGGUCCCAAAAUAAGAGACAAUAAUCCUUUGAAUUGUUUUGGAGUUCUGGAUCACACUAGAACUGCCAUGUUUAGUGCCACACUAGUAAUCCAGUUUCCUCCUACAAAUGAUGUCAGCAAAAACAAAAUGGUGCUAUAAACAUUUGAGGCAUUUGUAUAUGAUGAAAUGAAAUGUCGUGGUGUAUGUAUAGUUCAUGGGAACAGACACUUAGAGGAAGUUUCUAGUGGGAAUAGGACAGACAGUCCACUCACCCCAGAUGCUGUUGCUCUUCCAGUGGUCUCUGAAAGCAAUCAGUUAAAAAAACGUCAAACAGUGACAAACAGUUCACAUGACCAUAACACAGCACAGCCCUAUCACUGUAACACUGCACAGAACAUUCGGUAUACGUAUGGCUACAUGCUGACCAUGGCAUUGGCUAACACCAAGAAAAAACAUUCUUGCUUGUCUGUCAGUAUGUCACAGACACAGUUAUGGCAUGUGGUUCUUAUAUGAUCAUGUCAGCAACUACAUGGGUAGGCCUCCUUGACGUCAGUGUUGUCUGAGUGAUGAUUUCAGAAGUGCAUCAAGAGGACCACUUCAGUAGGGCAACCAAACAGGUCAGCCACUGUACCAGCUGGGCUACACACACUAUACCAGCUGGGCUACACUGGGCAGAGAGCAUGUUGCAACAGUUAGCUUCCAUUGUAAUCAAUGGAACUAGCUACACCAGAUGCAGAAGCGGUGCGCACAAUCAAAAAAAUGAGAUGGGUCGUCUAAAACUAUGUUUUAUGAUUCGCAAACAGAAUGCGUCAGUUGCAUGCCUGAUGUAGCCCGGCUGUAAGACUGCAACUCAGGUCAGUAAAUGUUUCUCACUGCAAUAUUCCCACAGCAGUAAUAUUUGUAUAUUUGUGUACGGUAUGUAUAAUUUCUUGUGAAUACCCCCAUACACAAACAAAAAUUAAGUGUACAGUGCUACUGGAUAUGCACUACAACACUACAUGAAUGUCUCUCUUCACACACACACACACACACACACACACACACACACACACACACACACGUUAUGUUAAACACAAAUACACAAAAGCAACUUGUGUUUAUGAGCACCUUUAAUUGAAAACACAUUCAGAUCAAUUUGUGCAUAAAUAUAGUUCUAAAGUAGAAAUUAAGAGUUUGGUUCCAAAAUGCUAUAUCUCCAUUUUUAAAAACAUGAAUAAAUCAUUAUGUCAGGUAAUAUCAAUGCAAAUGGCAAAUUGCAGUUUUGCUGUUUUGAUUAAGUGAAGAUAAAUCAAACAACAAUAACCCAAUUACAGUUGCACUGAAAUUACCUGGAAAACAAAUGCAAAAGAAAAUUCAUUGAAAUGGAGGAUGUAGCGUUUUGAAUUCAAACUCUUCAAAUGUCAGCAAACACAAGGUUUUGAACACAACAAAACAGUAUGUUCCUGUCUCAUCACACCUAUUCACUGGGUUUUAUGUCUUUCUGUUGAAUACAUACACAGACAACACCUUUAUAAGAUUUAACAGAUAUACUGUAGAACAAUCUCUCACCAAGUAUUAUACAGUUUGAUAUGUUUUGCCAAACUGCAAUGGUACACAAUGGUUUUACACAGAUUGCUUCAGAUACUUAUUUAAAAUAGAAAGCAAAUGUUAAAAGGUUAUUAUAACAGCAGGUCAGUCUUAGCCUAUGAAAUUCUUUAUAAAGCAUUGUUCUCUUUGUUUCAAACUGCUUCAGUGCUUGUUUACUUGGUUUAAUACAUGUCUUUCACCUAACCUCAGAAAAAUGUCUUGUUGGCCUACUGUUUAUGGACUUUGCCACCACAUUUGUAAUGUUUUAAUGGCAUCACAGGCAUUCUGCACUGCACUGAAAUAUUUCACAGCAAUGUUGUACAGCUAGACUGUUAUAGACAUUUUGUAAUGUGAAGUGUGUGUGAAAUAUUCCAAUCAAGAGAUUCUCCUAAUAAAGAGAAAUACUUUGGUAUG